AUGAAAAACAUGGCACAGCUUGACACCAGGAGCUCCCGUAUAUCGCUACUGGCUUUCCUAGCUGAUGUGAUCCCAGAUUAUCUGGAUGCCAUCAAGCGGAACGAUUUGUUGGGAUGGUGGCCUCGUUUUUUGGCAGUGCUGCAUGAGCAGUUUGAUGCAGCAGAUAUUCUUCGGUUGCUAGGGAAAGAUUCUGGUUCAGAUUUGCACACCGUUCUCGAAUCAUGGUUCGACUGCCGUGGUGGAAAACUGGAAAAGGAAGCUUCUUCCUGCGAUAUCGUACACAUGGGAAUGACCAGACCAUUUAUGUCUCAUCCGGGCUUCAAUAGUCAGGAUGUCGUGGACAUCGUGGACAACGACAGUUGUAUCUACCUUGGCAGAAGACACCGGAUUUUCAAUAUCAAUGAGGAGCCGAUCGCUGCCCAACAUGCAGGCCCAAGAUGUGUUAGAUGGAAGGAUGAGGAGGAAUGUAUCUAUCUGGGUACGAGGCACCAGGUUUUCGAUGUGGAUGCAGAACCGAUCCCUCGCCGAUGCCGUGCAGGAAGACGUAGCCACAAGUGA